AUGGACUUCGCCACCUUGGCAGCGGAGCCCCAAUCCCUGAGGACCUCCUCCACCCAGGAAACAGCCCUUAGAAGCCUGUCAUGGAGUGGACUCUCCCUGGCUUCAUCUGUCUUUCUGCCUGAGUUCCCACACUGUAAAUUCCCUGUGCAAGACGAUUUCCAGGUAGUCCUCCUUAACUUCAUUUGGAUUGAACUCCUGGACCACAGAUUAUAUCAAUCUUUAAUGAAAAUGUUGUUUUCAUGCUGUCUCUUCAGCAGAUUUAAUGAAAUCAUUAAUUGAUAGGCAAACAACAGAUAAAUCAGUAACUUAUUACUUCUUGACUGGACGAUGACUAAGUUAUUCUAUAUGUGGGGGAAAUAAAUUAUAUGAUGGUCUGUCUGUGGAACUUAGCUGUAAUGAUACAAAUGUUUAAUAAUAUUGCAACAUUUGAAUCUCACUUUCUCUCCAUGACAUUCAGAUCCUGGGCUUCAUAGCCAAAGGCUCCUUUGGUCCUAUCUUGAAAGUAAAGGACAGGUCGAAGGAGAAGACCUUUGCAGUUAAGGUGAAUUUCUCCUCAGCCACAUCACAUUUAACCAGCACUAUAUUUCAUGUGACAUUUACACACAUCUAGUGUAUUCUAUUCCUACCCUGUAUUUAAUGUUCUUGUAUUGUGUUGCUCUACAGGUUUUACCCAAGUCUGAGAUACUGAAGCAUGGGGUCCUGGAACAGUCAAAGGAGGAGGUCACACUGCAGGAUGACCUGGAAAGCUGCUAUCCAAGCUUAGGGCCUGACUUAGUUUAGGGGAUAACAUGCUGGAAACAAUGACUCACUGAGGUCUAACAAUGACUAUGACGAUUCUCCCUAUGAGCUUCUGUGCAACAACAACCAUGGUCCCAUGGAGCUUUUGCAAAACAAAACAAAAACUUUGCCAUCAUUGAAGAUACCUGGUUGGAUUCAGGAUCCCUCCUAAAUCACAUUUAGUUCUACUGAGUGUCUUUGCUGACAUCCACACUGUUGCUGCUGCUGUGUGUGUUGCCUGUUGCGUUGCAGCGGCAGGUCAGCCACCCAUUCUUCCACAAUCUGCAGGACUGCUUGCAGACCCAGCGCCACCUCUUCAUUAGUGAAUGACUAAUGUGAUAUAGCUAGAUCCCUCCUUCCCCUUCGUUUUAUCCGCUCCUCUCUUUACCCUCCCUGUGUCUCACGUAGGAGCUUCCCACUGGGCACAGACGUCAAUUCAACGUCUAUUUCACGUUGGUUCAACCUAAUUUCAUUGAAAUUACGUGGAAACAACGUUGUUUCAACCAGUGUGUGCCCAAUGGGUUGUCUCGCUCUCCCUAGCAGGAGUGUCAACUAUGGCAUUAUCUGGCCUUGCUGCUAUUUAGUGUUGUCUCCUCAGUUUGAGCCCCAUGACUCGUCUGAAGAAUUAUACUGCCAUCUACUGAGAUUUCAGUGUGUAGCAUACAGUCAUGUGGCCUCUGAACAGGUUUCCCCUUCCUUUUGGUUUAUUAAUAACACCCUUAUUAGUGGAUAAAGGCAUGUUUGACUUCAUUUGUGUCUCUGACUGACACUUAGCUCCUUCCCCAGCAUCACCCCUUUCCCUUCCUACGCUUCCCCCAGCCUUAAAAAACGUCCAACUGUUUGACUUCCGACAAAUUAAUUGUUUUCUCCUAUUGCUUCUCUCCUCCAUUGCUCCUUCCUUUUCAAGUGCUUGUGUUUCAGCAGGGGUCAUCUACUCCCAGCCCUGGAUCAGUGUACUGUACAUAGCCUUGUUAUGUACUAAGAUGGAUCAUUGUGUGUGACUGUGUCUGUCUUCCCACAGUGUGUGAGUACUGCAGUACUGGAGACCUGUACACCUACUGGAUACUGGAGGGCCAGUUUGGGGAGGACGAGGCUCGGGUAUUUGCUGCAGAGCUAGGCUGUGCUUUGGGUGAGUGUCUAUACACAAUAUAGUUCUCCAAAAUGUGUAUGAGAUCAUUGUUUAAGUUUCACCUUUACUUGGAUUAUAAUGGGUGUGUCUGAUUGGUAGGUUUCCUUCACGACUUUGGGAUCAUGCAUAGGGAUGUGAAGGUAUGAACAUUUGUUUUGAUAAUGAACAUUAUUCUUUGCAACUAAAUUACUCAUAUUUACAACUUCACAGGAAAGUUAAAAGCAUCUGAUUAUUCUGGAUGUUUUAGAUGGAGAAUGUCCUUCUGUCUGACCAAGGUAAUGCUGGCUUAAAUAAUAUAUUAAUAUAUCAUAUAUGCCAUUUAGCAGACACUUUUAUUGAAAGCGACUUACAGUACAGUCAUGCAUGUGUAGCACAUGGAGAUGUGUGAAACUUACUCUUCAGCCUUAUGUGUCCCGCUUCCGUCGUCUCGUUAGCUAGCUUUUGAGGUGGCGCGAUCGGCUAAGACGCUUGAGGGAGGACGGUCACGUGUGUUUGUGAGGCAGAGAUCCCGAGUUCGUACCAGGUAUCGGCCGAAUCGGGAGGAAGUUGUACUCGCUAAGCAAGCAGCGUGACGUCCUUUACAAAUGCAUACAUUUUACGUAUGGUUUAGUUUACUUUCUACUGCAAUCAAAUAUAAGAGAACACUAGAGGGCCUUAUAAUAUCGUGGUCCUCUGUAGCUCAAUUGGUAGAGCAUGACGCUUGUAACGCCAGGGUAGUGGGUUCGAUCCCCGGGACCACCCAUACGUAAAAAUGUAUGCACACAUGACUGUAAGUCGCUUUGGAUAAAAGCGUCUGCUAAAUGGCAUAUUAUUAUAUUAUUAUUAAUACAGUGGACACUUCUGUAUUGUUGGUGUAGGGAAUAUUCUGGAAGAUAUAAACUCUGCAAAAAAAAAAAACGUCCUCUCACUGUCAACUGCGUUUAUUUUCAGCAAACUUAACAUGUGUAAAUAUUUGUAUGAACAUAACAAGAUUCAACAACUGAGACAUAAACUGAACAAGUUCCAUAGACAUGUGACUAACAUAAAUGGAAUAAUGUGUCCCUGAACAAAGGGGUGGUCAAAAUCAAAAGUAACAGUCAGUAUCUGGUGUGGCCACCAGCUGCAUUAAGUAAUGCAGUGCAUCUUCUCCUCAUGGACUGCACCAGAUUUGCCAGUUCUUGCUGUGAGAUGUUACCCCACUCUUCCACCAAGGCACCUGCAAGUUCCCAGACAUUUCUGGGGGGAAUGGCCCUAGCCCUCAUCCUCCGAUCCAACAGGUCCCAGACGUGCUCAAUGUGAUUGAAAUCCGGGCUCUUCGUUAGCCAUGGCAGAACACUGAACGUUCCUGGUGUAACUCGGGCAGUUGUUGUUGCCAUCCUGUACCUGUCCCGCAGGUGUGAUGUUCGGAUGUACCGAUCCUGUGCAGGUGUUGUUACACCUGGUUUGCCACUGCGAGGACAAUCAGCUGUCCGUCCUGUCUCCCUGUAGCGCUGUCUUAGGCGUCUCACAGUACGGACAUUGCAAUUUAUUGCCCUGGCCACAUCUGCAGUCCUCAUGCCUCCUUGCAGCAUGCCUAAGGCACGUUCACACAGAUGAGCAAGGUACCCUGGGCAUCUUUCUUUUGGUGUUUUUCAGAGUCAGUAGAAAGGCCUCUUUAGUGUCCUAAUUUUUCAUAACUGUGACCUUAAUUGCCUACCGUCUGUAAGCUGUUAUUGUCUUAACGACCGUUCCACAGGUGCAUGUUCAUUAAUUGUUUAUGGUUCAUUUAACAAGCAUGGGAAACAGUGUUUAACCCUUUACAAUGAAGGUCUGUGAAGUUAUUUGGAUUUUUACGAAUUUUCUUUGAAAGACAGGUUCCUGAAAAGGGGACGUUUCUUUUUAUGAUGAGUUUAGUUUCAUAUUAGUAAGGUAGAAUAACCGGAAUUGGAUUUGUGAAGUACUGUAUGCAAAAUACUACUGUAUCUGUUUGAUGCAGGUCAUCUGCAUUUAGCUGACUUUGGACUCUCUCGCCAUCUUGAGCGGGGCGCAAGAGCAUUUAUAAUUUGUGGGACAAUCCAAUACAUGGGUGAGAUGCUUGGGAUCAGGCAAGAUUAAUGGUCACUACACAUUAAGCACCUAUUAUAAUCUCACUGGGAUGGUCCUCUGUCUGAACAGCUCCUGAAGUCCUGAGUGGGGGUCCCUACAGCCAUGCUGCUGAUUGGUGGUCUCUCGGCAUUCUGUUGUUCUCAUUGGUGACUGGAAAGGUGCGGUCACCACCACAGUUCAUCUUAAUUAAAUGAAUAUGUGAUGAUUGUUAGAAAGGUUGUUUUUCUUAUUUUAAUUUCAGUCCUGUCAUGCAAAUCUAAAUGCUAGUCUAGAGAUGUUGUUGAUGCUAAUUCUGUCCAUGUUACCUCCAUAGUUCCCUGUACCAGACCACUGCAACAUGCUGAGAAAGGUCAGAGACUGCCCAUACUCCAUGCCCAAUCACAACAAAUUCUCAAUUCUCUCUCUCUCUCUCUCUCUCUCUCUCUCUCUCUCUCUCUCUCUCUCUCUCUCUCACUCACUCACUCACUCACUCACUCACUCACUCACUCACUCACUCACUCACUCACUCACUCACUCACUCACUCACUCACUCACUCACUCACUCACUCACUCACACACACACAGAACCCAGCCCAUAGCCUGGAGCGCUUCAAAAGGCAGACGUUUUUCCAUAGCACUUCCAUUGACUCUCAGCUACUACAGAAGAGACCUGUUCAACUAAUUCUACAACUGAAGAACCUUCCUGAUCGUCCAGUCAAAGCCACGCGGGGCCUGUCUAUGGACUACUUCCAGAACUUUGACUGUGACAUCCUCCACUCCCCUACCAGCCCCACUGACAUGUCACCUACCUUGGCCAACAUUAACCUGAGCCAGGCCCUGGCUACAGUUCAGGGUUCUAGCAAAUGA